CUCCAGCCGCGGCGCCGCGGGUUCAGCAUGGGAUGGAGACCCAAAGCAGGACUCCGGAUCGAGGGCAAUCUCUUGACCUCCAGCAGCAAAGCUUGGCGGGGCACCAUCUUGGAGACUGCAAUUCCACCGGGACCCAGCGAAGGCUCCUUCACCGUCACCAUCUCCGCUGGCUUAGUCCGGCUGGGUGUCUGCGCCGCAGACUCGGACAGCGAUCAGCUGGGCACCGAUCUGCAAGGAUUUGGCUAUGGAGGCACUGGCAAGAAAUCCCAUGGAGGAGUCUUCGAGGAUUAUGGCGAAGCCUUCGGUGCUGGUGAUACCCUCCAGUGCCGCGUUUCUCGCAGCAGAUCGGGGGACCUGAUGGUGAGCUACCAGAAGAAUGGCGUGGAACUGGGAAAGGCCUUUGAAAUGCAGGCAGAUCAGCUGGCCGUGAAGAACCUGGAGCUCUACCCAGCCCUGUGUGGUAAGGCCUUCACGGUACACUGGAUGCCCUUCGAGGCGCCCUUGGCUGAGCCCGUGGAGUGGCCCUGCCAGCUGCGCUCCUACGCAAUGCACGCGCGGAAGUUCGGGCAGGUUGGUGGCCAGGGCAAGAGUCAGGUGGUGGUGCCUGACAACGACGCCCUGCGCGACUUCUUCGGCGAUCGCAGGGCCCCCCUUUGCAAAGGCGACUCCGUGGAACCCGUGGAACAGUGGCUCCGUGGCAGCGCCCAGGGCCGAGCCGACUUGCGGGGCUCCAAGGAAGUGCGCCGUGUGCAACGCAGCCACACCCUGCCCUCGGGGGUCACGCUGACGAUCAUCGAUUCACAACCGGCAAGCAAGGCCGGUGCCGAUCGCUCCUACGCGCGCAACGUGGCCCUUUGGGAGGCCUUGCCACGGGGCCAUGCCGAGGUCAAGCACAACGAGACCACGGUUUGCGAACUGAGUGGCCUCCGGAAGUUCGGUAGCGCAGAAGAGAAGUUCGGACCCUUGGCACGGCAGGGCCAUGGCGCGCGCUUGUGCGCCCUGCAGACCUUGCCAGGUGCCAUGUCGGACAGCGAGCUGAGCGAGCUGAAGUUGGUCUUCAUGACCAAAGAGAACGGUGAGAUGUGCAAGGUGAGCUUCUUCCAGCUCACUUCGCCCACUUCGCCCACUUCGCCCACUUCGCCCACUUCGCCCACUUCGCCCUACCUUGCACUGGGCUCCAAAAAUGUGACCCUGGCCGUCACGCUCCGCAGCAAAGUUGAGGCUCUGGCAGAUCUGGAAGUCUACGAAGAGGAACGCUAUGACUUUGCCAAAGAGAUGGCCCUGGUCUUCCUGGACCAGUUCUUCCGGCUCAGCAGCGACCAGCGCAACUCCAUGGUGACCUUCGUGGCGGCUCAGAAGGCCACGCUUUGCGGAGUCCAUCAGCCCGGAGCAUCAACACAUCCAGAGCUACCGGGAUGA